CUAAAUAAGUGCCUUAAAUAGAGCAGAUGCCGGCCUGCCAGCAAAUUGAAGUUCUUGCAGGCUCGGGAAUUUCGAGAUUCAUCAAACUACAAAACGCUUCUUUUUCUUCAUAUUUUGCAUUCGACACACAAUUUCACGAGCCUAGAAGUUGCCUACCGUCUCAAAAUUGAAACAGAGAAACGGAAACAGGUGUCAGGUCAAUAAUUUGCGUUAAUAGCAACUUGGGUAGAUCGAUCAGAGCUUGUUCUGCAUAUCAAUCUGUAAGAGAAAACAUUAUGGAGGGGAUUCUGAUGAGCAUAGAUAAAUCAGUGGCUGCAGAACUUGCCUCGGAAGCAAUGGAGGAAUUUAUGAAGAUGGCUAUGGAUAGGGAAGAGGUUUUAUGGUCACAAGGCCAUGGCGGUAAAGAAGCUCUCAUUUAUAAGGAAUACUUGAAUCAAUUCACGAGUGCUGGUAUGGGACAGAGCUCUCCUGACUUGAAGACCGAUGCAACCAGAGCAACAGCCAUGGUCUUCAUCAAGAGCUUGAGCUUGGUAGAGGCAUUGAUGAACAUGAAACAAUGGAAGGAUAUGCUUUGCUGUAUUGUCUCAAGGGCAAUUACUGUGGAUGUUAUAUCCAGUGGAUCUGGUGGCAGCCUAGAUGGUGCCCUCCUUCUGAUUUAUGCAGAGCUCCAAGUUCUUUCACCACUAGUGCCAACCAGGGAUGUUUUCUUCCUUAGAUUUUGCAAGCAACAUAAAGAGGGUGUGUGGGCAGUGGUGGAUGUAUCUGUUGACAGUCUAACUGAAAGCCUAUCUUCCUCUUCCUUAAAAUGCAGAAAGAGACCAUCUGGUUGCCUGAUCCAGGAUAUGCCUAAUGGGUUCUCAAAGGUGACAUGGGUGGAGCAUUGGGAGUAUGAUGAGAGUGAGAUUCACAGCUUAUACCGGCCAUUUAUCAGUAGUGGGAUGGGAUUUGGAGCACACAGAUGGUUGGCAACUUUGCAACGCCAAACUGAACGUCUUGCUACCGAAUUGGCAACUCCACACCUGCAAAACAUGGUAGUGGGUGGAAGAGUGGAUGGUGGGCGCAGCUUGUUGAAAGUUGCAGAGAGAAUGAGAAAUAACUUCUGUUCCAUAGUGAAUCAUUCGACUUUGCAUAAUGGGAGUCAAGUUUUAGGCCUCAAAGAUGGUGGUGUCCGUGUGGCAACAAGGAAAAGGAGUGAUGACCCAAGAAAACCUCCUGCAGGAGUACUCAGUGCUGCUGCCUCAAUUUGGCUUCCAGUUUCCCCAGAAAGGUUGUUUGAUUUCUUAAGAGAUGGGAGACUCAGAAAUGAGUGGGAUAUGCUAUCAAAUGGAGGACCAAUGCAUGAAACUGCUUAUAUUGCCACCGGACAAGAUCCAGGGAACAAUGUCUCUCUACUCACAGCGAGUGCCCAGAGUAAAACAUUAAUACUACAAGAGAGUUGUAAGGAUUCAUCAGGCUUCCUUGUUGUGUACUCUCCUGUUGAUAUCUCACAACUCAAUGAAGUUAUCAACGGUGAAGAAGACUCGGCUUAUGUUGAUCUUCUUCCUUGUGGCUUUUCUAUUCUCCCACCUGGAUCUCAAGUUGAAGUCGAUGAUUCAAACAAAGAAAAUGGAGCACUUUUAACAGUUGUGAUUCAAAUAACGGUGAGCACUUACAAUCCUCGGAAGGCAAGGUUAACGGCGGAAUCUGUGAAGACAGUAAGCAACUUGAUAUCCUGUACGGUCCGUAAAAUAAAAUCAGCAUUAUCAUUAUAGCCUCUACAAUUGUGGACAUAAAAUUAAAACUAACAUUUGUGAUGGAGCUGAUUUUUUGAGCACAUGGGUAGCAAUAGUUGUAUACAAUGCUUCCUUACAAGUACCCACUUAAAAUUGUGGGCUAUAUAUUCAAAACAUUUCAAUGUGCACUUGAAAUUAAGUCUGCCAUUGUCAUGGAGCUAAGAGCUUGUGAGCACAUUGGUACAAGUAUUGUUCCAGGUCUUCCUUCCAAGCCUCUACAUUAAAGUUUUCAGCAAAAUACUUAAAAAGAAUUUUUCAUAUGAUCUACAUUAAAGUUUUCAGCAAAAUACUUAAAAAGAAUUUUUCAUAUGAUAAAUGUUUAUAGCGCACAAGAAAGAGAGCUCUAAACUAUACGAAAACUAAAUGUCAUUGUAGUGGGGCUAUUCUAUUAGUAUUUUAUGAGUCGCUAGCUGUAUGCUUGUAAUCUGUAAGAAUAAAAUAAUGUCAAAGUUAUCGUGGGUAGCAA